UCGCAAAAAAACAUAUAAAGAAAAAUAACGAUUAAUGAAUACUUGUUCGCGGCCGUCUACUAAAUGGUUUUUUUAAAAACACAUUUUACGGUGUUUUUUUAGUAGCCGCGACACCAAUUGUAUAAAGAAAUACGUUUUUUACCAACGCAAACAACGAAUAUAAUUUUUGACAUAUGUAUUUAUCCGGCUCGGAGUGAGAAUUAGCAAGCCAUGGCGUUACUCUGCCGACGCAUGUCGACGCUAUUAAUUAUAAUCCUUGCAUAUAUCUUCCUUGGCACGAUAUGUGUGCAGGGAUCUUUGAAACGAGAAUGGGCUGAGAUAGGAAAAAACCUAUCCUUAGAAUGUGCCUCUGAAAACGAAGCAGCAGUGUGGACAUUAGGAAACCAGACUAUUGAUAAAAACAAUACAAGAUUCGAGCUGAGGACUGAUCCCCUUAAUCCCAAUGAAGGUGUUAGUGAAACCAACGAAAGUCCCGAUUUUAUCAAGUAUAAAAAUGUUCUGACGCUCCGCCAUAUUAAUAUUAAGGACUCUGGAAAAUACACCUGCACAUCCCCUUCGGGGCAAAACCAUUCGACUGAAUUUCACGUAGAGCCAUACCUUCCCGCCAAGGUUUUGCAAAGUACCGCCGACAGGAUAAAGCGAAAGGUCGGCCAGGGUGUAGUGUUGCAUUGCCUGAUUGAAAUGUAUCCGCAAAAUGAGACGACAAGCAAGCACAUGAAGUGGCUCAAGGACGGAAGCCCCUUUGAGUUUCUGGACACCUUCUCGUCCAUUGCCAAGCUGAACGAUACGCAUUUAAACUUUACUUUGGAAUUUACGGAAGUCUACAAAAAGGAGAACGGAACGUACAAGUGCACUGUCUUCGACGACAUCGGGCUAGAGGCUGCCUUUAAGGAGAUAACCCUUUAUGUUAUGGAAGAGCCGCAAGUUAGCAUUGAUUUCGCUAAGGCUGUGGGUGCCAAUAAGAUAUAUCUAAACUGGACAGUCAAUGACGGCAACGAUCCGGUGCAGAUGUUCUUCAUUACUUUCCAGGAGGCGGGCACACCGACCUUUUUGUAUUAUAAAGAUAUCAUUAAUGGCAACCAAACAUCGUAUAUAUUGGAUAAUUUUAAACCAAACACCACGUACUUCUUAAGAAUUUCGGGAAAGAAUUCAAUUGGCAAUGGCCAGACCACGCAGUAUCAUCUGGAGGUCAAUACGCUCAGUUUUGAUCCCAUUUUUAUACCGAAAGUCGAGACCACCGGAAGCACUGCGUCUACGAUAACUAUUGGAUGGGAUCCGCCGCCUCCGAACCUAAUCGAAUAUAUUCAAUACUACGAACUGGUUGUCUCCGAAUCAAACAAGACGAUUGAGGAGGCUAUUUACCAGCAGAACUCCCGAAACUUGCCGUACAUGUUUGACAAGCUGAAGACAGCAACGGACUACGAAUUUAAGGUAAGGGCAUGCAGUGACCUAACGAAAACCUGCGGCCCUUGGUCAGAGAUUGUCAAUGGCACCACCAUGGACGGCGUAGCAACAAAGCCAACGAAUCUGACGAUCCACUGCCUCCACGACAAUGUAACGAGAAGCAACUCCAUCUCCAUUAACUGGGACGUACCAAAAACGCCGAACGGCAAGGUAGUUUCCUACCUAAUUCACCUUCUGGGCAAUCCCAUGAGUACGGUGGACCGCGAAAUGUGGGGUCCCAAAAUUAGACGAAUCGACGAGCCGCAUCACAAGACGCUGUACGAAAGCGUUAGCCCCAACACGAACUACACAGUCACAGUGUCGGCCAUAACGCGUCACAAGAAGAACGGCGAACCGGCAGCCGGUAGUUGUCGGAUGCCCGUCUCAACGCCGGACACCAUUGGCAGGACAAUGUGGACAAAAGUUAACCUGGGCUCAAAGUACAUACUGAAGUCGUAUCUGCCGAAGAUCAGUGAACGGAACGGACCAAUAUGCUGCUAUAGACUGUAUUUGGUUCGAAUUAACAAUGGCAACAAUAAUGAGCUGCCGGAGCCGGAGAAGCUGAAUGUGGCCACAUAUCAGCAAGUGCACAGCGAUAACAUGACCAGAAGCAGUGCCUAUAUAGCGGAAAUGAUUAGUAGCAAGUACUUCCGACCGGAACUGUUUCUGGGCGAUGAGGUGAGGUUCUCCGAGAACAAUGAGAUUAUCAGGGAAAACGAUGAUAUUUGCCGCAAAUGUUUGGCCGGUACACCGUUCUUGAGGAAACCCGAGCCAGUACACAGACCUCCGCCACUGAGUUCACUGUCAAAUUCAGACUUGGAAGCCGUCGAGAGGGAUAACAACUUAAUCAAGGGUGCAAAUUUAACAGAACAUGCUCUAAAGAUUCUAGAAAAUAAACUAAGAGCUAGGAGAAAUGCAGUGACCAACGAAGAGAAUCCAGUUCUUAGCAGCUCCGUUAAUCCAACAGUGCCCCUCUUGGACACCAGUCGCGAUGUCUACGAUGGCCAGAUAGAUAUUAACUCCAACUACACUGGUUUCCUGGAGAUAAUUGUUCGAGAUAGAGACAACGUACUGAUGGCUUAUAGCAAAUAUUUUGAUGUAAUCACACCGGCAACCGAGGCAGAACCCAUUUCGUCCUUGGAUAAUAUGGACUACUAUCUGAACAUAGGGAUCAAGGUGGGAGGCAUACUAUUCGGUGUACUGCUCGUGAUUAUUGUGCUAUGGGUUUUCCAUCACAAAAAGUCUAAGAACGCCCUGCAGGGCGAAGAUACACUGACGCUGAGAGAUUCUCUGAGCAGGGCCUUCUUCGGUCGUCGGAGUCACAAUCACAGUCAUUUCAUCACUUCGGGCAACCAUAAGGGCUUCGAUGCCGGGCCCAUUCACAGAUUAGAUUUAGAGAACGCCUACAAGAGCCGCCACAAGGACACAGACUAUGGGUUCCUGCGUGAAUACGAGAUGCUGCCGAACCGCUUCAGCGAUCGAACAACUAAGAAUAGCGAUAUGAAGGAGAACGCCUGCAAGAACAGGUAUCCCGAUAUUAAGGCCUACGAUCAAACGCGCGUCAAGUUGUCGCCCGUAAAUGGACUGCAGACCGCCGACUAUAUUAAUGCCAACUUCGUUAUUGGCUACAAGGAGCGGAAGAAGUUUAUCUGCGCCCAGGGUCCCAUGGAGAGCACCAUCGACGACUUUUGGCGCAUGAUUUGGGAACAACAUUUGGAAAUUAUUGUGAUGCUUACCAAUUUGGAGGAAUACAACAAGGCCAAGUGCGCCAAGUACUGGCCGGAGAAGGUAUUCGAUACCAAGCAGUUUGGUGAUAUUUUAGUGAAAUUUGCACAAGAACGUAAGACUGGUGAUUACAUCGAACGAAUCCUGAACGUCUCCAAGAACAAAGCCAACGCCGGCGAGGAGGAGGAUCGCAGACAAAUCACACAAUACCACUAUUUAACAUGGAAGGACUUUAUGGCACCAGAACAUCCCAAUGGCAUCAUCAAGUUCAUACGUCAAAUCAAUUCCGUCUACUCCCUACAACGGGGGCCCAUUCUGGUGCACUGCAGUGCCGGUGUCGGUCGAACCGGAACGUUGGUGGCACUAGAUUCCCUUAUCCAACAACUGGAGGAAGAAGACUCGGUGUCGAUCUAUAACACAGUGUGUGAUUUACGGCACCAGCGUAAUUUUUUAGUCCAAUCUUUGAAACAAUACAUCUUCCUUUACCGCGCUUUAUUGGAUACUGGAACUUUUGGAAACACGGAUAUUGGCAUUGAAACCAUGUCAUCGGCCAUUGAAUCUCUUAAGCGAAAACCUAACGAGGGUAAAUGCAAGCUGGAAUUGGAAUUUGAGAAACUUUUGGCCACCACGGAUGAGAUAAGCAAAUCGUGUUGUGUGGGAGAAACAGAGGAAAACAAUAUGAAGAACAGAAGUCAGGAGAUUAUUCCCUACGAUCGUAAUAGAGUUAUUUUGACUCCACUUCCACUUCGGGACAACUCAACGUACAUCAAUGCAUCAUUCAUCGAGGGCUAUGACAAUAGUGACACCUUUAUCAUCGCUCAGGAUCCUCUUGAGAACACCAUCGGUGAUUUCUGGAGAAUGGUCUCGGAACAGAGUGUCACCACCCUGGUGAUGAUAUCAGAGAUCGGGGACGGACCCAGGAAGUGUCCGCGCUAUUGGGCCGAUGAUGAGGUUCAGUAUGAUCACAUUCUCGUGAAAUACGUGCACAGCGAGAGCUGUCCCUACUACACGCGACGGGAAUUCUACGUUACGAAUUGCAAAAUAGAUGAUACGCUGAAGGUGACACAGUUUCAGUACAAUGGCUGGCCGACGGUGGACGGCGAGGUUCCUGAAGUCUGUCGGGGCAUUAUAGAACUUGUGGAUCAAGCCUACAACCAUUACAAAAACAAUAAAAAUACUGGUUGUCGAUCUCCACUCACGGUUCAUUGCAGCCUGGGAACUGAUCGAAGUUCCAUUUUCGUUGCCAUGUGCAUUUUAGUCCAGCAUCUUAGACUGGAAAAAUGCGUCGACAUUUGUGCCACAACAAGGAAAUUACGAUCUCAGCGAACGGGACUUAUCAACUCAUACGCACAAUACGAGUUCCUACAUCGCGCAAUAAUUAAUUAUUCAGACUUACAUCACAUAGCCGAGUCAACAUCAGAUUAAGUUUAGUUUAUGUACAUAUAUUUAUAUACAUACAUACGAGAUAUACAUAAUGCACGUGUUUUGAAGAAACAUCAGUGUGCAUCGUGUGUGCUAUGGAUAAAUUAUUUGUAUAUUUAUAAAAUCUUUUACUAAAGGUAUUUACAAGGGCAAAUUGUAAUUUUUUUAACGAAUUCGAUUUGCCCGAAAACAUAAUAUAAUAUACAAUACAAAUAUAAAUGUAGUGUAUACGUAUCGUAUUGAUAAAAUUACCAAAGGAAAAAAUAAGUAACAUAUUUUAUAAGAUACAAUGUAAUAAAAAACUGAGAUUAAGAAAUUG